UGCAAGUUUAUAUCACAUUUUCUGUACAUCGGAAAACUAAAAAUGAAUUUCGUCAUAUUUUAUAGCAUCUCUUUAGUGGUUCACAUUUCAAGACAGUAGAAGUACCGGAACAGUCAAAGUUUCUCAGAAGUUCUUUUGCGAUGUGAGCUGGGCGUAUCCCGAGCUAAGUUGUCAGUUGUGUUGACUCCUUUGUCUCUCAACCUUUUCACUCUGCCAAAGGCUUCCGGAAGCCGGAUUCUGAGUGUUUAAAGGGUGGCCCUGCAUACCUAAUACAGUACAAAACAAAGCCAUUUACCGUCAACCGUUUCUUAUUUUGUCUUAUUGUACAACUACAAGGAUGCAGCGUCAGGGAAGAAGAAGACACAAGCUGUUUCGGUGAAGAAUUUAACCGGUUCUUCUGCCUUUUCUCUUGUCCCCUGUUACAGCACCCUCUGCAGUACCCACAGUUCACCUGAUGGCGGCCACAGCCAACAGCAUGAGCCUGUCCUGGCUGCCGCCGGAGAAGCCAAAUGGAAUCAUUUUGGAUUACGAGAUAAAGUACCAUGAGAAGGAUGCUGGCGAGGCCAUCGCCCACACCAUGACCGCCCAGAGAAGCUCGGCUCGGAUCGAGGGCCUCAACCCCAGGACGUCCUACGUGGUGCAGGUCCGCGCCCGGACCGUGGCGGGGUACGGUCGCUACAGCAGCCCCACGGACUUCAGCACCAACCUGCAACCCGAACCCGAGAAGUCGAUCCAGGAGCAGCUCCCGCUCAUUGUCGGCCUGGCAACCGCCAGCCUGGUGGUCCUCAUCGCCGUCGUGGUCGUCGCCAUCGUCUGCCUCAAGAAGCAAAGGAACGGUUCAGAAUCAGAGUACACAGAAAAGCUACAGCAGUACAAAUCCCCAAUAGUCACGCCGGGAAUGAAGGUCUACAUAGACCCCUUCACCUACGAGGACCCCAACGAGGCCGUGCGGGAGUUUGCCAAGGAGAUCGACGUGUCCUGCGUGAAGAUCGAGGAGGUCAUCGGCGCAGGUAACCCACCCAAGCUCCUGAGCAACAGGGGGAAGACCGCUAGUCACCUCCAGGCCAUACCAUUAGAGGACUUCACACCAAUCGGAGAGUUUGGCGAAGUGUGCCGAGGAAGGCUCAAGCUGCCCGGCCGGCGCGAGAUCAUCGUGGCCAUCAAGACGCUGAAGGUGGGCUACACAGACCGCCAGAGGCGGGACUUCCUGUCCGAGGCCUCCAUCAUGGGCCAGUUCGACCACCCCAACAUCAUCCGCCUGGAGGGCGUGGUCACCAAGAGCCGACCGGUCAUGAUCGUCACCGAGUUCAUGGAGAACGGCGCCCUGGACUCCUUCCUCAGGCUGAACGACGGGCAGUUCACGGUGAUCCAGCUAGUGGGCAUGCUGCGCGGCAUCGCGGCCGGCAUGAAGUAUCUGUCCGACAUGAACUACGUCCACCGCGACCUGGCCGCACGCAACAUCCUGGUCAACAGCAACUUGGUGUGCAAGGUGUCCGACUUCGGCCUCUCCCGCUUCCUGGAGGACGACCCCACCGACCCCACCUACACAAGCUCACUGGGAGGCAAGAUCCCCAUCCGCUGGACCGCGCCCGAGGCCAUCGCCUACAGGAAGUUCACCUCGGCCAGCGACGUGUGGAGCUACGGCAUCGUCAUGUGGGAGGUCAUGUCGUACGGCGAGCGGCCCUACUGGGACAUGAGCAACCAAGACGUGAUCAACGCGGUGGAGCAGGACUACCGGCUGCCCCCGCCCAUGGACUGUCCCACCGCGCUGCACCAGCUCAUGCUGGACUGCUGGGUGAAGGAGAGGAACCUGCGGCCCAAGUUCACCCAGAUCGUGGCCACGCUGGACAAGCUGAUCCGCAACGCCGCCAGCCUGAAGGUGGUCACCAACAGCACGCAGUCCUCCGGAGUGUCCCAGCCCCUGCUUGACCGCUGUGUGCCGGACUAUACCACUUUUACCACUGUGGGAGACUGGCUGGACGCCAUCAAGAUGAGUCGUUACCGUGACAACUUUGUCAACGCCGGAUUCGCUUCCUUUGACCUGGUGGCCCAGAUGACUGCGGAGGACCUCCUGCGGAUAGGAGUCACGCUGGCCGGCCAUCAGAAAAAGAUCCUGGGCAGCAUUCAGGACAUGAGACUACAGAUGAACCAAACACUUCCUGUCCAGGUCUGAGCGGCGACGGGACGCCAAGGGCCGUCACAGAGCAGCCACACACAGAGGGAAGACGGGGAGGAACUGUGCCAGAGAGAGAGGGAGAGAGAGAGAGAGAGAGAGAGAGAGAGAGAGAGAGAGAGAGAGACAAUGGGAACCACUAGCUGCCUGACCCAUCUCUGCCAAUCAGAAGCAAUGAAACUGGCUUGCAGUGCCUCAGACUAGUUUUAUUUUUUCCUUUUAUUUUUCGUCGUUACCACUACCCUUUACCCUCCUCCUCCUCCUCCUCUUCCUCCUCCUCCUCCUCCUCCUCCUCCUCCUCAGAAGCGUCCCCGGUUGAAAUUCUGUUGGAUUUUUUUGUUCCCUCAUCCGACGAGACAUUGAAACCAGAUUUCUUUUUUGUAUAUUUUUUUUCGAGGAAGGAGGCCGAGUAAGCCCUCUUAUAUCCCAUGUGUGCCUCACCGUCUCGAGGUGUGGGUUGACAUUUGCAUGCGUGCGUGUGUUUCUGUGAGGUUCGGACCGGACCUUAUAGCACCCUUAAUCUGGUACCUGGAUUCGCCUGACUCUCGCGUGACAGACUCCCCUUUGCUCUCUGACUCGCCGGAGGACGCUCACGGCCGCGGUCGGGAGAAACACUGAUGUUCCCUCAAAGGAUUCUGGGUAACAAUUUAAAAAAAAAAGCUUACCCCGGGUUCAAGAAAAAAAAAUGGAAAACAAAAAAAAAACUGACAAAGAGUUGGACGCUGAAAUAGUGGAGGAAGUCCUUCUACAUGCUAGCAGUCGUUGCAGUUGUUCAUGUUUUGCGUGUGUGCCCCACCUACCGUCUAGCCCCCAUGCCCCCCCACCCCGCCGCCACCCCCACCUUCAUAUUGAAGGUGCGUUAACUGAAAGGGCACCUGUCUGUGAAGGUCAAGGAGCUGGAGAGGAACACUAGAGUGCUGCGAUGCCAAAGUGUCGGAUGGGAUGUAGUGGGGGACGGUUGGUCCCGGAACGCGGAGAGGAGCCACGUCUGGGACCCUAUGUGUGUGUAAGGUCAAGCCCUACCUACCUGGGAGGGACCUAGGAUAGUUCAAUAGCUCCCCGCCGGAAGAUCAUCUAACGUCGUGUUUUUAACCCAUGGAAGUUGCUGUUGUUUGUUUUUUGUUAAUACAACCCUACACGCACCCUUCAUUUUGAUUUUGUGUACACCCAUUUGUUUGUUUUUAGUACAUUUAUUUUGGGGGGGAGGGGUGGAGGUGUUUUCAAAAUGGCGUACGAAGAGGUACAAGAUGGACACUUGACGGGAUUGAAAAAAAGGCGAAAAAUGACUUUAACUUUGAGACAACUUAGCCUUUCGUGUGUGUUUUGUUUAUGCGUGUGUGAACGAGUGAGUGUGUGUGUUGUGUGGUUCAGUGUCCACACAGGAAUGCGAACGAGUUGCACACAAGUAUACUGUACAAUACAGCUUCCGCUUUCUGCCACCAUGGAGAAACACCGCAUGAACCAUCAUCAUCACAAGGAACAAUUCUAUUUGCAAACCAUUCACUAUAUUCUGUGUACAACUCUUUAACUCAUCGUUUUUAUGAUUAUUAUUAUUAUUGAAUACAGACAAAAUAAGUUUGGAUAUACAUAUAUAUAUAUAUAUAUAUAUAUAUAUAUAUAUAUGGUUCAGAAACAGAGUAAAACCAUGGAAGACACCAUGCUUUCGUUUUUUUCUUAUUUUUAUUAUCACCAAGGUUUAGAAAUAAUUGUUUGACUUGUACCUCCACCCCUGCCCCAACACACAAACAAACACACAAACACACACAGACACACACUAACAUACACGCACAUCUUCCAGCCCCCCGCAGCCACCCCCUCUAUGUACUAUAGAGGCAGCACUAUGUAUUUAUUUGUAUCCCCCCCCCCAUCAAAGGUGACUCCACACCCCCGUCGGGGAACGUGGAUUAUAGAACAAUCAAACGGAAGACACAACCCAGAUUCAGCAAAUUGAUGAUUAUUAAAGAGAAAAACGAAGAAAAAAAACUUUAAAUUGCAUAUAAAUUGGAUAUUGUAUUUUUGUUGUUGUUCUAAACAGCCUGUACAUGUUUUGUAACGAAAAUAAGAUAAAGAAACAUGGAAAGAACAAAAAAUGUCUUUUGAGAAGAAACCUGGAAGUGUUGUUUGAAAUGUCUUCUUCUGUGCAGACCAGCCAACCGGUUAAAGGUUUGUGAAAGCAUGAAUGAAAGGAAAAAAGAGAGAAAGAAAUAUUUGAUCCUGAGUGAAGCCCAUAAACCCACUCCCUUAUUAACGACCUUGGCAUUGGAGUGUGUGUGUGUGUAUGUGUGUGUUUGUGUGUAUAUGUGUGUGUGUGUGUGCGUACGUGUGUGUGUCUGUGCGUGUGCGUGUGUGUGUGGAUCAGUGUACGGGGUGGAUUCUGAAUAAUCAAUACACACACAACAUCACCUACUCGUUCCACCUAAAAAGAAGCAACACACAACAGCACCACAUAACAGCUGCUGCAGACGUUAGCGAGACCGACGAUAUCCAUCCAUCCUUCCAGCCAUCCAUCCUCGUUAUUCAAAACACACCAAGGGACGUACUCCUCCUUAUGCUCCCCUACAGGGGCCCGACAUUGGCCCCUUCUACACCACAAACAGGGCCCCCACUCCCAGGGUUGUAAAAAAGCCAAAACAAAUGUAUAAAUAUAUAUAUAUAUAUAUAUGUAACAUAAAAUGGAGGCUCGGUGGUCCUUGUCUGUCGGUUCGAUUAGCGGACCGCGGUCGCUCCGCGGCUGCCAGGACGCGUCGCUCAGAGCAACGAAAGACGAGGAAGAAAGGAGGCAGACGUGCCAUCAGAGCCGACCUAUCAUUAUCUCUCCUCAUUUCCCGUUCGGCCCGCAAUCAUCCUGUCUCCAACGGGGCAGGCUGCCUGAUUACUGCAGCGAUGCAGGAUCAACAGCCCUGCCGUGCAACCACACGCGCACACAUACGCACACAGACACACACAAUCCACUCCUGAGGGCAGCCGAAUGAUCACCUGUAACGUUAGACCCAAGGUACAGAGAUGUGUUCUUCGUCCUGACUCCCUGGACGGUCCUCAAGCCCUCAGGUCAAUGAAAUGUGUAUAUUCCUAGGUGUGCGCGUGUGUUUAUGUGUGCGCGUCGUUUGCAGCUUGUGUUCAUUUGAGAAAAAGCAGCCUUCGCUGUAUCACUUCUUCCUUUAAAGUCCCCCCCCAGAUUCCAUUAUGGAUAUUGUUCAGUGAAACAUGUGUUCCUAAUCCCAAUGCCUGUUCUUCAAAUGCUGCUGCAUAUAUUUAAAGUGCACCUAUCCACCCCCACACACAUACACACACACACACACACACACACACACACACACACACACACACACACACACACACACACACACACACACACACACACACACACACACACACACACACACACACACCCCAUACCAUGCAUUGGGCUUCACUAAUGCAAACCAGUUGCAGGAGAACACAAAAAGUAGAAACGUGUUGAGUGAAGAGAGAACCCCCUCAAGGUCAAUCACUGUGCAUCACCUUCUAAACACCUUCACCACCUCCACCUCUUAGAGUGUUCGGUUGGUGUUUGGCGCCUCCACGAUGAGAAAGUGCUUCCUCCGAGAUUUGCUCGACGUUAUUCUGCGGUGCAAACUUCUGUCUCUCUCUCUCCGACAAGACAAAGAAAUACACAGAAAAAUGUUAAAGUUCGAAUUUUCAGGGGGGCAGGCAAAGAAGAUUGAGACGAAUGCAAUCACCAUCCAUUCUCCUUUGCGAAAAAGUCGCGGGAGGAAAAUAUUCCUCCCUAUUAGCGCUCUCAACUCACUCACUCACUCAAUCAACCCCAUCCCCGCUACCAUUACCGGCCCACAUGUGGUACCGAAUAAGACCGUUGAUAAAUGACAACAAAAAAAUGAGGAAAAAAAAGGCAGCGGAGAGGGAAGGAGAAGCAGGCAGGCGGUGGCGAGGGUUUUGGAGGCUAAACACAAUCAGAUGGUAGACAUGCCCACUCAUGGGAGAUGGCGGCUCGCUCGGAGCUAGCGUGAACUAUUGAUGUGUUGCACAUGGCGUGCGGGGCUCGGAGCUGCUAGCGCUUCGCAGACGGCCGUUGAGUGAUGGGAGCUAAGUAGCUACAGUUGUGCAUCUAAAAAGGAAUGAUUAACGUGCCAGCAUAUCGGGCGAGAACAGGGGGAAGGAAAAGGACGUUUUCGAGAGGGUUUUUAAUUUAGCCCGUUUCAAGUUGAUUUUUGCCUCUCCCGUUUUUUGAGUAGAAUGGACGCAACACAUAUAUUUAGUUUUCCGUUUCCCAUAUUUGUUCCCCCUACAGGUGCUUUUUGUUAUCAUUAAAACACACACACAGAACUAUGGAAACGUGUGCAUGCUAGAAUACGAGAGUGUGCGGACACAACACAGAUUUCCGCCGAUGUACAAUUAGCGUUGUCAACCACGAAGGCAAUGCUUUGCUCACUGUGCAACUGUCUGUCGCUGUGCCAACAAAGCACACUUUCUCUGUGCUAGCAGAGGUUUCAAAAUAUGCUUACAUCCACUUCCCCUAUAUUAUCACCUCCCCACGUCCACCUCUGUCCCCACCCAUCUAGCUGGUUCCCGCUCUUGCCCCGUCACAUCCUUCAAUCCUAUUAUUUUCAUCAUUUGCUCUUUAGCUGUAGAUAUUCCUUAGGCCCUUGUCUAUAAGAUCACUUUACUCGCCAGCGGCUCUUCUCCUGAAAAGCAGAGUCAGGGAAAGGGAUUUGGCAGUUCAGAAGGCGAGGGGUCAGACAAGGAUGAUAGAUGCAACUGUUAUUGUUUUGUUUCUUUCUUGAAAAGCAUUGAGAUGUAUUUAAUGGUGCGGAUUUAACCCAACAAAUUACAAAAAUGAUGCAUUCUUGUAGAAAUAUUUUUAAAAGACCCUUUUUGCAAUUAAAUUAUUUAAGAAAUGUAACCCAACGUGUUUGUGUCUUGUGUUUUCUUGGGUGGCAUUUUUAAAUUAUUCAAAAAAAGAAUCGGCUUAACUGUUGUUCAGGAAUGCAAUGCAAUAGCUAUCACAAUGCUCGCUCACCAGCAUACCAUACAAAACUUGUCUAAUUACCCAGGCGAAAGAACAACAACUAAAUAUUUAUUCACAAUGUCAUCAU